UGGAGUCUACCGAAGGAGGAGGAAUAUUUAAGUCCAAUCAUAAAGUAGAGGUGGUGUCUGAGAAGAGGCAUGAUUUAGUGAUUAGGCUAGAGAAUGGAGGAGUUACAUCCUGGGUUCCGUCCUCAACUUGGCUCCUGCCUUCCACUGUCACUACAGGGUGCAAAAGGGAAACCAGAGAACUCAAGCAAAGUGACUAAGGAGGCGGAGAAGAUGGGUCUACUCAGCAUAGACUUGUUGAUUACACUGCAAAUCCUGCCAGGUUUUUUCUCCAACUGCCUUUUCCUGGCUCUCUAUGACUCGGUCAUCCUCCUGAAGCACGUGGUGCUGCUGCUGAGCCGGUCCAAGUCCACUCGUGGCGAGUGGCGGCGCAUGCUGACCUCAGAAGGGCUACGCUGUGUCUGGAAAAGCUUUCUCCUGGAUGCUUACAAACAGGUGAAAUUGGGUGGAGAUGCCCCCAAUUCCAGUGUAGUCCACAUUACCAGAGCUGAAGUUGGGAAUGGUCAACAGAACAAUUCCAAGUGGAAGAGAUUUGAUGGAGGAUAUGGAGCUGAGUGCCGUCUCCUGGAUUUUGCCAAUCCUGAGCGUCCACUGGUUGUCAACUUUGGUUCAGCCACUUGACCACCGUUCACAAACCAGCUACCGGCCUUUAGCAAGCUGGUGGAAGAGUUUUCAACAGUGGCUGACUUCUUGUUGGUCUACAUUGAUGAAGCUCAUCCAUCAGAUGGUUGGGCGGUGCCUGGUAACUCCCCUGUGUCUUUCGAGGUCAAGAAACACCGGAACCAGGAAGACCGCUGUGCAGCAGCCCAUCAGCUCCUGGAGCGUUUCUCCUUGCCGCCCCAGUGCCAGGUGGUGGCUGACUGCAUGGAUAACAAUGCCAACAUAGCCUAUGGGGUAUCCUUUGAGCGUGUGUGUGUUGUGCAGAGACAAAAAAUUGCUUACUUAGGAGGGAAGGGCCCCUUUUUCUAUAACCUUCAGGAAGUCCGACUUUGGCUAGAGAAGAACUUCAGCAAGAUGAAAUCCAGGUUAGCUGGAGGAAUUUCUGAGUUGCAUAGUGCCCUAUUAAAAAUAACAAAAAAGGAAGGGGGGAGGAAGAGAAGGAUGUACCGGAUCCACAAUUUCAACUGGAUCUCAUUUAUUCCCCCAUUGCUGGACAGCAGUUUUAAUAGCCAUCUCAGAAGAAUAAAACCAUCCCUAACAGACCAUCACCACUUCCCCUACCAAACAAUAACAAUGAUAGUAAUAAUAAUAAUGAUAAUACCUGCCUAACCAAUGACCCCUUGUUACCUUUCUCUUUUUGAAAAAGAGCCUAAGAUGAGCAGGAAGAACCUGUUUCAAAGUCUCCAUCCUGACUUGAGAUGGAAUUAAACAACUGGUGCUUGCUUUGGAGAAAAUGGGGGAAAAACAUUCAACCUGCCCUAGAGAAAUGCCAGGGACAAAAGACUCUAUUAGAAUAGGGAUUAUUAUCUUAACUUUCUCCACCAUGAAUAGAAGACUGUUGGUAAAUCCCUAAAUAUUUGUUUGUAGUGAGUCUUGGGGAAAAAAAGGAGGGGUGUGGUUCACAUGGUGGUUGUCCUGGUUUUUAGAGUGUUGGUGUCAUCUCUGGCUUUAUCUUUCAGUAUGCACUGCAAGAUGCUGGCCGAAAACAUCCAAGAAUACUCAGGAUAUUUAGGGGUACUUUCUGAGGAUCUUCCCUCACUUUGGAGGGUUAGGGUUAUUCUCUGGUCAAGAGGUGAAAUAGUUGUAGGAAGUACACUGGACUUGGAGUUUUAUUUCCUGAGUUAAAAUUCGGACUAUCAUUUACCAGUUCUGGGAUCUUAGGCAAAUCAUGUAAUAUUCUUGGUCCUCAGUUUGCUUUAUAUAAACUGAGAGUGUUGGAUUGGAUGAUCUUCAAAGGCCCUUUCAACUUAAAAGCUCUGUAAUUCCUCUGAAAAUGACAAAUAAGGAAAGAGAAGGCUCAAAGAUCAGGUGAGUACAGAGAGUUUUACUUUGAAGCUACAGAGAGGGUAACUAAUUAGUUAGGAAUAGAAACACAUACCCACACAUGAGUAAUUCUCCAGGCCAGAGAAAAUAGUUCUGCUAAAACCCAUCUGAGACCCUAUGAGUGGGAAAUAAUUUCUUUAUCCUAUAAUGAGAGAGAUAUAGAAAGAUGAAGGGUGGCUUUGCAUUUUUUAUAUAAAAUAAUUUAUUUACCUUUUUUUGUGUGUUUUGAGUGGGGGAAUAAAUGAACCAUGAUACCUCACUAGGCAUGAACUAGUGCCAUAGGUUACUCUGUGGUUGCAACAGUGACAGUUGUUGAAAUAUUACAUAGCGCCACUCAUUCCUUACCGUGGAAUACUUGUUGGUCUCUGUAAUGAAGUUCCAUAUGUUGAGCUGAAAACAGUUUGCUCAUAUUUCAUGAAUCAUCUCAGCUGCCUUGUGGGGAAUGAUUCUCUGGUUGCUCAACUACUAUAUAGCCUUAUUGUCCCUCAAAAGUAGGUGAACUAUCAAGAAUGAUGCAAAUACACAAACAUGGUUUCCUAAGAAACAUAAGCAUCAAGACAACAAGCAUUUGUUAAGUGCCUACAAUGUGCCAGGUACUUUAAUAAGUGCUCGAGAAGGUAAGAGACAGCUAGUUGGGGAUGAGUCCCAUCCAAAUAUAUCAGAGCCUUUUUACAGUGCAAUCCACAAUGACACUUUGGGCUUUGGUAGAACAACAUUCCCACAUUUACACAGAUUUGAAAAUUGGAUCUGUCUCGGGCCCCCUCUACCAAGGGCUAGUCCUUAGAAGUACCCAAAAGACUUUAUAUAGUGUAGUCUUCUGUACCACACUGUUAUGUGCCAUAGGUGGAUUUUUAUAAAACUGCCAGGUUAUAUAAAACAUUUUGAGAAGAGAAUUAUCAAUUUUCUUGAAGGUCAGACUUUAGAGAAUAUUUAAAGGCUAGUUUAUAAAAUAAAAUGUGAACAGAAUUUUUUUUUGUAAUUUUGAGAAAUUCAAAUGUCAGUAUAUGUCAAUAUUUAUGGACAUAACUCUUAGUUAUUAGUAAUUUUAAAGGAGACCAACACAGAAACAACACUAAGCUCAGGUGACUGCAUCUGAAAAUAAGCAAGAAUAGGAAUGGAUUGCAAAAGACAAACUCAUCAUCCCAUUGAGAAAAGCCAGAAACUCAAAGUACUGAAUUUGAAUAUCACAAAAAUAGAGACUAUCAAAAUUGGAAAAAGAAAAUCGGUACUGAAGAACAGCUCAAACUUUUUUUCCCCUGCCAAGUUAUCUAAACCAGGUAGCUUUUUUUGGUGUUUAUAUACAUUACCAGAAUAGGUAAAUAGAAUUGCAGAACUCUAGUUAUUUAAUGAACUAGUAGUAAAUAACAUAUAUUUAAAAAAUUAAUAUUAAAUGUUUACAGAAUUUUUUUCACUUUGAAUUUUUUUUUGCAUCAAAAAUCAUCGGUUCAUUUGUCCAGUUUCUUUGUUUUUCAGAAUGGGGUUAGGAUUUAUACAGUGCCUUUAAAGAGAUCUUAUAAAAGUCAGGGGCACCAUGUGAGUGAUAUUUUCCUUGAAAGUAUCUUGUUUUUUCCUCUAUAUACAGAACUGGUAUAGUAUGUCAGAGAAGGUGGGGGGAAGGAAAGUGAGAUUACAAGAAGGCAAUGUUCAUUGUCCAGAUAAGAGUGGAAGAAAAUUACUUCUGUGUUCUAGUUUUGCUACAAGUAUGUAGAAGGAAGUGCAGACUAUCGUAGGUGAGUCCUGUUGCAGAGGAUGAGCAAUAGGGAAACAGCAAUGGAAGUUAGUAAAUGAAAGUUAUGCCAAAUAUCAGGGGGAAAAUUAUUUUUAAUGGGGAGAUACAUCCACAUAGAGCAGAUUCCCCAAGGAAGAGCAUGGAAACCCUACUAUUACACAAGGGUAAAAAAAUGUAGCUACGUAUAACACAUGUCACACCUCUUAACAAGCAUGACCCAAGGGGUUGCUUCUGUCUGUAUUAUUAUUCCCCAUGUUUACAGAACAUACUUCUGAUUCUUGCCACAGUUUAUUUUCAAACAUCCUAAUAAUCCUCUGGGAGAUAAAACAUCAUCUUUUUGGUGCUAAUCUUUCACAUGUGUAUGUAUAUAUACAUAUGUAUAUAUAUGUAUGUAUACACAUACUGCCACAACUGUGAUUUGGCAUCCAUUCUCUCAUCUGAUCAUUUUCUUUUGACAGGCCACGUUUAUAUGGGGCUCUCAGUUUAAAUAUGUUAACUGGAUUAGCUUGUAUACCAUUGAAAUAGUUUUCUAGCUACUUAAGACUUUGUUAGAGGCUAUGGAUUCAUAUUUUAUUCAAUGUUUCAAAGGUUUAUGGCUUGGAACUAUUCAAAACUUACUUUAUUACUUAGAGGAUUUGACCAGGACUUUCUCAAAUGGGCAUGAAUAAAAUGUCCAUCAAGUACUGGUGGACAUACUUAAUACAAUAUUAAAAUAGCUCCUGACCUCACAACAGGCAAACAGAUUAGUAAUAGUCAUCCAGCUUUGCAUAUUUGAAGUGAUAGUGAUUUAGCUUACAUGGCUAUCUUUUUACCUGGUUUGAAUUUCCACUACUGUGUCUUCACAUGCUCCUGAUUUUGGGCACCACUGCUUUUUAAACAUUCUGAUCACCUGGUAAAGCAAACCUCUACUCUACCUAAUCAUUCCCAGCCCUGAUAAUGUAGAAAAGACCCUUAUUCUGUCCCUUCCAGAUUUCUGCUCUUAGUCUGGGCUCAUAGAUGGAAUAGACUUAGUGAUUUUCUAUAGGCAUCAGAGAGAUGGUGUUAAAGAUGAUCUCUUUCCUCUUGGAAAAACUUGUAGGAUUUGGUUAGGUUCCUUCUGUACGUACCUUCUAUAGACCAUGGAUAUGGAGACCAGUCCUACUUGUGGGAUGAUAGUAAAGGAUGAGGAUCUUAUCUCCUGUGAACCUAAGGAAGAUUUCCCUCUUUAGAGCUGAGACAAGUUUGAUCUCUGAUUCGUGGGUCUCAGAACUGAGUUCGUUCAGAAUUUCAUGUUUAUUUGUGAAGGCAGAGAUUAAAAGUAAGCUCUCUUCUACAAUUGAGGGAAUGGUGAAAAAGUCAAACAUUUAGAGUUCCUUAGACUUCUGACCAUGUCAUCUUUCUCAAUAGUGGUGGUUGGCAGUGAGGAUCUUAAAAAAUGAGACUGAAAGUCCCAGCUGAAAUAAUUGUUUUUGGUUAUGCCUCAUCUCCUUCCUUAAACUUAAGGAAAAUCAAAACCAUUUUACUCAUAUUUCAUAGUCCCACUAUUUCCAUAUAAAUCUCCCACUCUGUGAUGGGAGUUUCCUUCAAAUUGCAGAAGAACUGUUCAGGGGAAGGAUAGGGGAGAAAGGAGCUGGGAGAGUGAAGAGUUGUAUGGUGAAGACCCCAUAUCCUAACUCAGUGGAGGUAGGAAAAAAAGUCUUUCUCAAAUCACUCCUCAAAACUGUACUGCUAAACCUAAAUGGGGCAGACUGGGUUAAGAAUCAGUGGUUUUCUGACACCCUGGUUAUCUGUCAUUGUCAGAAGCAAGGUCUUUGAGCAGACAGAUGCUGUUCUAUUCUGAAAAAAAGACAAUUAAUAAAAAAUCGUUUCUUACAGAGAUUGAAUAAGUCUCUUCAUGGAGUAGUGCUAACUCUGGGCAGCAGUACCAAGAGUUUUGGGGAGUUUAUUAUUUAGUGAUUAGAUGUUGGAGUCUAUACACAGGUUUAAUGGAGUCACUAUUUGGCUCCACUAAUCAUAACAAUAAUUUAAAAAAUGUGAACAAAUAAAACAUAAGCAAAUUAAUGAAAGAAACCCACAGAGAGAAGUUUCACAAGUCUUGGGCAGGCUACAUCACUGGAUGACAUUGUUUCAAUGUGAUUGGGGGUUGGAAGCAGCAUUGAAGACGUAUGCAUUCAAUACUACAAAACCAAAGUAAUGAAAGGUAUUGGGUAGGGAAUUUUGGCCAGUGUUGUUCAGUUGUGUGUCAUGUAACCACAGUCCUCAUAAUCACUAGCUCAAGCCUUUGGGCAUCUAAAAUGGGAGACCAAGCUGUGGAAGGGCUGCCAGUGUGCAAAUGAUGGCCCCUAACAAAAGAGUCAGUCACUCCGUUAGAGGUUGGAUGUAGUCACAGUGGCUUGCUGCUCCCUGCCUUGGAGUCUUCUAGCAAGGAGAUUAAUUUGGUGUAUGAUAUCAUGAGGACUUGGCAAACAUGGUGAGGACACAAUUGUAUGUGUGUUCGUGCAUAUUUGUAUGUGUGUGUCUCUGCUUAUCCAUGGUGGAAACAAUUGCUUUGCAGAAUGUCAGCAAGAAUUGUGUUACAAUACUGGUGCUGAGUGGAAUGUGUGCUUUAAAAAAAUUCCUUGUAUUUUAAUAAAACCUAAAGAAAGAAAAUAUG